AUGUUCACCCUCGGCCGCCGGAGGAUCCUCUCCACCUUUCUCGCCUUCUUCGCCGUGCUGACCGUCUGGCGGGCCUGGGACCUGGCCUCGACCAGCUCCGGCAAGGUGCCGACCAAGCCCAUGACCGGUUACACAAAGUACGAGCCGGAAAAGGACUUUCUGUGGAGGACCAUCAGGCACAAUUACCCCGUCACCUCGUUCCGCCCGCUGCCCACCGCGGCCGCCGACACCCUGCCCUCGGUGCAGGCCAAGUUCCCCGCCGAGAGCGCCGCCGACAAGAAGGUUCGGCUGUCGCGCCAGCAGGACGUCCGCGACACGUUCCUCAAGUCGUGGAAGGCCUACAAGGACUACGCCUGGCUGCAUGACGAGGUGACGCCCGUCACGGGCAACGGCAAGGACCCCUUUGGCGGCUGGGGCGCCACCCUGGUCGACUCGCUCGACACCCUCUGGAUCAUGGGCCUCAAGGACGAGUUCGACGAGGCCGUGUCGGCCGUGGCCGCCAACGCCGGCUUCGUCGACACGCGCGACGACGAGAUCAACGUGUUUGAGACGACGAUCCGCUUCCUCGGCGGCCUGCUCUCCGCCUACGACCUGAGCGGCGACAGGCGCCUGCUCGCCAAGGCGCACAACGUCGGCGACCUGCUCUACAAGGCCUUCGACACCCCCAACCACCUGCCCGUCGCGCGCUGGAACCUGCACGACGCCGCCUUCGGCCGCAAGCAGACGGCCGGCAGCAACACGCUGCUGGCCGAGCUGGCCUCGCUGACCAUGGAGCUGACGCGCCUCAGCCUCGUCACCAAGGACCCCAAGUACUACGACGCCGUCCAGCACAUCAGCGAGCUGCUGGCCGCCGCCCAGCCCAAGACCAAGCUGCCGGGCAUGUGGCCCAUCGUCGUCGACGCCGUCAACGAGCACUUUGACGCCGGCUCCACCUACACCCUCGGCGGCAUGGCCGACAGCGCCUACGAGUACCUGCCCAAGAUGAUGGCGCUUCUCGGCCAGAAGCGCGGCCUCUACCACGACAUGUACGUCGCCAGCAUGCAGGCCGCCAGCGAGCACCUCCUGUUCCGGCCCAUGACCCCCGACGGCCGCGACAUCCUCUUCUCGGGCUUCGUCGACGUGCGCGACGACGGCCCCGCCCGCAAGACGGAGCUCAAGCCCGCCACGGGCCACCUGACGUGCUUCACCGGCGGCAUGCUCGCCCUCGGCGGCCGGCUCGCCCGCCGCGACGACCACGUCUCGCUCGGCCGCAAGCUCACCGAAGGCUGCGUGUGGGCCUACCAGGCCUUCCGCACCGGCGUCAUGCCCGAGUCCUUCUACAUCACCGCCUGCCCCGGCAAGGACCCCUGCCCCUGGGACCCGGCCGCCUGGCACGCCGAGGUGCUGCAGGCCCACUCCGCCGUCGCCGGCGCCGAGUCCAUCGUCGCCCAGGAGCGCCUGCCCGCCGCCUUCACCAAGGUCACCGACGGCCGCUACAUCCUGCGGCCCGAGGCCAUCGAGAGCGUCUUCAUCAUGUACCGCAUCACCGGCGACAGGGCCUGGCAGGACAAGGCCUGGGACAUGUGGCGCGCCAUUGACAACCUGACCUCGACCAAGCUGGCCAACAGCGCCGUCCACAACAUGAACCCCCCGCAGGGCGAGGACGUCGUCCUGGCCGACUCGAUGGAGAGCUUCUGGCUGAGCGAGACGCUCAAGUACUUUUACCUGAUCUUUGCCGAGCCCCACCUGAUAAGCCUGGACGAAUGGGUGUUUAACACUGAGGCUCAUCCGUUCAAGAGGUUAAAGUAG